AUGCCCGUACUUUUCAAGUUGGACUUCACAGAGAAUCUCUUGUCCCACCAACAUGCCAGGUGCGUUUUCAUCCACGACCCCCGCAUCCGAGGGCCCACCGCCGCCUACCUCUACAACCACCACGGCAAAAGGUCUCACUCCGCCAGGAGUGGGGGCAGCGUCGGAUCCCCCCUCGGGAGAGACAUCUUCUACUGGCCCGACAUGCCUAGGACGGAUGCCGAUGGCAACGAGCUCCCGACGGUAUUGGUCAACUACGACAUGGAUCCCAGCAUGCUCCAUAGCGAGGACGCAACCGAAAGGGCGGUGUACCAGCUGUGGUACUCGCUAGUGAGCACCAUCACAGAGAUCAGUGAGCAACCACACACGCUGGUAGGAAUGGGCCGCGCUUCUGAAGCACCCUACGACCCGAGCGAUUUGCUCUUCAACGCACCGCCAUCCAGAGGUCGUCGCCAUAUCUGGAGGGAUCCUUGCCAAGUCUGCGAGUCCGCGGACCGGCUCGAGAUAUCUCCGGAGAUCGUCCCGGUGACAGUCCCAGCCACGGUCCCGCGCCCACUCCGAGCAAGGACCGGCGGCGGCGGCAGCACCAGCGUUCAGCACGCACCGUCAUCCUUCCCUCUGGCGGAUAUAGACCCUCGCUCUGCCUUAUCCUUGGAGGCACGGACUCCAGCUAGGGCCAUGAGGUGA